UUUAUGUUUUAACUAUGUUUUUUAUGUGUUAAGUGUGUUUUUUAAUCAUGUUUUUGUGUUUAUUAUUGAUUAACAAGUAGAAUAGGUCAUAUUGAUGUGCACAAUAUUUUUUUUAAAUUUUUUUUUAAUUUUGAGCGCUUCGUAUACGUGAAGCUCUCGCUUCGCGCUUGAAGCUUCGCUUAAAGCUUUUGGAACCAAAACGCUUCGGAGCGCUUCGCGCUUUUUUAAACCAAGCUCCUUUCACCAUUCAACAUCCUCAUCUUCAAAACAACACAGGCUGAAGAAAACAGGGAGGAAGCGAUGAUGCAGAACUUAAAAAAAGAAGGGCGGUGGUGAGCCACGUAGGCUGGCUUUUAAAAGGGAGAAAAACACAGUAAAAAAACAACGCACAGAUUCAAACCCGGAAUACGACAAACAAAAAAAGGCCCCCUACACCAGUGAAUCACCACAGCUGUCCUAAACGCAACCGAAAACAAUAAGUUUUAAAGACAAACAAAAAGUGCGAAAUGAAUAAAAAACAGCCAACAGCAGGUGGACAGGUGUCCACCUACUGUUUCCAAGAUGAUGCAGCUGAUCAUGAGGACCACCACAUGUGAGAGCAUCUUUUUGGAUGUUGUGGGCUCGGACACGUUUGAUAAUGUUAUGGCGAAGAUGAAGGAAAUGGCGCACAAGUGCAGCUUUGACUACUGUUUGUGCCUUCCUUCCAAUUCCCUCAUCGCAGAGAUGCUGCUGUGCAUCAGGACCACAACAGGUAAGACGUUCGUCUUGAAGGUUGUGGGCUUGGACACGUUUGAUCUUGUUAAGGCGAAGAUCGACGACAUUUGCAGCGUCGACAACCAUGACCUCCAUUGGGAACUCAUCCCUAAACCUAAGGGUUGGUGGUGGGGGGGAAUGCCGAUAUUUGUGCGUAUUCUCAAUGGAAAAACCUUCACUUUGUCUAUCCAAUCGGACCAGAAAAUCUCCAGCUUGCAGUACCAGAUCAUGAAAAAAGAAGAUAUUCCCGGGUACAGGCAGAAGCUAUUCCUGGCCGGAAUGAGUCUGCAGGUGGGAGACCAUACGCUGGCACACUACAACAUUGUUGCGGGUUCCACCCUGGAUCUUGUGGUGAAUGAAAAGGGAGUGGCGCUAAACACAGAGAUUUAUGUAGUGACCGCCAGUGGAAAGGUCCCUGUGGUGGUUAAUUACGACCUCUUGAUCAAAGACGUGAAAAACUUGAUUGAAGAUAAGGUUCACAUUCCCCUGAAGCAGCAUAGGCUGGUCUAUGAUGGAGAGGAGCUUGACGACGGCCGCCUCCUGCGAACUUACAACUUCCAGGAGAAGGGCCCCUUCAGGCUUGUGAUCAAUGACACAUCCAUGGAGAUGGAGACAAGGGUGUCGAUGAGGAUUCAGAUCCAGGUUUCCGCCACUAAGAAGACCAUCCACCUAGAUGUGGGAAGCACAGACACCAUUCACGAUGUGAAAGCCAAGAUUCAGGCCCAGGAACACAUUCCUACGGGUCAGCAGGUUCUGUUUUUGCACAAUAGGAGGCUAUACGUGGACACCUUUACCCUUGAAGACUACUCUAUCGACAACGGAUCCACCCUCUAUCUUGCUCAAGUUCUUGGUGAGACGCUUCUCACUUAGGAUGUAAAAGUUAUGUCCUCACAAACUUUGACCAUUGCCCCUUUAUGGUUUAGUCAAGGAUUUGGAUUUGCUAACUUAAUACUUAAUCAAUGGAUGAAUAUUUAUUAACUUGUGAAGUUUAUUGCUUUUCGAUC